AGAUGAUGAUAAGCCUGAAAUGGUUUUCUCAUUUCUUAAAUUUCGCAACAAUAUUGAUAAUGAUGGUGAGCAUGCACAUGAUCAGCAUAAUAGCUAUUUUCUUGGGGUGGAGGACGUCGAGAAUCCUCCCAAGACUAGCUCCGAAUUGCUGCAUGUUGUAGGCCAUUGUGAUGGGAUCAUAUGUCUACAUGUUUUUUAUACUUGUGAGGUGAUCUUAUGGAAUCCUGCAAUUCAUGAAUCCAAGCUUCUGCCUCCGGAGCCAUGUCUGCAAGGAUAUGGGUUCUACUAUUACGCUGUGGCAUUUGGCUAUGAUCCUAAUUCUAAAGGUUAUAUAGUUGUUAAAAUUGCUUCAGCUUAUCCUAUUGAUAAAGAACGCGAUGAUGAUGGAUAUUGCAUCUAUUAUCCCCCCAAAGCAAUAAUAUACACCCAUUUAGGUACUGGUUCUGAUUCUUGGAGAGAGAUCAAGACUUGUUCGUUAGAAACAGAAACUACUCUCCUUUGGCCUGAAACUUUCCAGAUGUACUUCAAGAAUGUGUGUUAUUGGACGGGACAGGAGCAACAUAAGGAAUUGCAUGUAUUUGAAGAACAGGAGGAGCAAUUCAUUGGGAAUGUGAUCAUAUUCUUUGAUCCAGUGGAUGAAGUGUUCCAUGAUAUGUUGUUCCCGGAUUGUUUUUAUGAUAAGAAUGAGUUUUUUUUUGGUAUGCGCCUUCUAGUGUGGAAUGAAUCCAUUUCUCUUUCCGGAUUGCAAAAUACUCAUGAGAAAUUAGGUGUGUCUUUUGGAAUAUGGGUGAUGGAUGAACUUGGUGGUCCUAAGGGUGCUUGGACUAAACACAUAGCAUUUGAGCUCACUGAAAAGCCAUUAGCAUUUCUGAACAACGAUGAGAUUCUUUUGGCGGAUACAGAGGAUACAAAUGGACAUAUAAUUUCAUAUAACCUGAGUACCAAAAAACUCAAACACCUCCCCGUUCAAUGUGUACUUGAUGAUGACUACACAGCUGUUGCUUAUGUGAACAGUAUAGUUUCAGUCUUGGGAGGCAAUAGGCUUGGAAGCAGAGCUGAUUCUAGCAAUGCUGAAAUUUCUCUCUCCAAUUACACUUCUUCUCCAUUGAGUCACUCGAUUAUUGAAAGGACUCACUCAUAUUCAGUGUGGGCAAUUCCACAUGAUGAAGUGUCUAUCAGAGUGAAGAAGGUGAUGGAGGGCCUCCGGGCUGAAUUUGGUGGUCCAGAUAUCGAGCCCCACAUUCCUAUUGUGGGAUCUAUUCGUAUGACACAUGAGGAUAUGCUCAACAGGUUCACGGAUGUGCAGUCUCGUUUCAUUUCAGUCUUCAAAGCUAAAGUUGCUCGUGUGGUCUUUAGGAGUUCUUAUUACCAGUGUGUUUCCCUCCUUAUGGAGUCAUCAUUUACAACCCAGAAUGAGUCCUUUGAGAUAAUGGAAUUAGCUCUGAGCUGCAACCAAAGUUUUUGUUUCCACAAUCGAGUUAGGCCCCUUUUGAGCCUCCAUUACGGGUAUCUGACAGAAGAGGAGCAGAAAACAGCUGAAGAAAAAAUCAAGAUACUUGAUGAAAGCAUUACUAGCAUGAGUGUCCCCAUAACUCGACUUGCUCUGUACAAAAUUGACUACAAAGAUACAACUCUCAAAUCUUGGGAAAAGAUUGCUGAGUACCCCCUCCUAUUGAAGUGAUGGCUCAUUGCCAAGGUAUGAAACUGUGUUACUAGCUCAAGGGGUUCAGUCAACAGCACUUGGAUGACACAUUCAGUCCUGUUGUAUGACCUACCACAGUAAGGUUGGUUCUGCUCUUGCAGCUACAAAUGUUUGGAAACUAAUAAGGCAUCUGGAUGUGAGAUUGCAUUUCUUCAUGGAGAGUUGAAAGGAGGUUUACAUAAGGGAUUUGUUGAUGUGAUUGAUCCUGAAUAUUGUGAAACUGCAGGACUUGCUGCAUUCUUAAAAUUUGAAAUUUCUUUAGUCUGAUCACCGAUUUAAUUAUUGUGCAUUCAGAUUACUAUCUUGUACCUUGACUUGGCUUCAUUUAAAUCUGCUAUGUAUGGAGCAAUAUUUUCUGGAGU